CAAGAUGGCGGCAAGUGACGAGAAUAUGUCAUGUGUAAUAUGCAAAAAAGGAGUUAAAAGCACGGAUAUAAUUUUAGUGUGUGGAUUGUGGUGUAGAAAAUUCUUCCACAAUGACUGUGUCGGUAUCAGCAGCAGUGAAGCUCGUGCUGUAACGAGUACAAACGAGCAAAUUAAGUUUCAUUGUGAAGCCUGUGAAAAGAGGUUAGGUAUCGAACUUUUCGGCGGAAAAGAAACGCAUGGACCAAAAAAAUUUGAAAACUGCGUAAACAACUGUGUCAAUUUAUUUCAGCUCGUACAAAGCCUUAUCAAGAUGACAAAUGAACUAUCAAACAAUAAUUCAGUAAUAAAUACAAAAUUAGAUACAGUUCUCACUUCAAAUGCACGAUUAGAAGAAUAUUUCUUACAAACGCCAAAAUGUUUUGAAAACCCAACUAAAGAAACCACUAACAAUAGCGUAGAACACGUAGAAAAUGAUACUACUAUACAAAUGGAAAUUCGUGAGCAAAACGAUGACACGAACUCGCAUAACCGAAGUGUAAACAGUAAACAAACGGAGCGUUGCGCGUCAGAGCUCACAAGACGGCGACAACAACAAACUGAUGACAACAGUUCGCAGCAUAUUGCAAGUGGUUAUCCCAAUCGGUUAACCGACCGCCAACAACAAAAGGUUGCAGAGCAAUUCAGUUCAAAUUGUCUGCAGGACUGGGAGAUGCCAGAUGGACAUGGUAGUAUGCAGGAUCCACAAAACACUGACACAGAGAAGACUGCACCCGAAGAAGGUGGAAGUACUGUUAGCAGUGAGAUGAUUGUCAAACAAGAGCCAGAAUACCCAUCUUCAGAAAAUUUUCCUGUGCCUAUCACAUUCAAUACUUUGAAAAUAGAGGUUGUGGAAGAUGAAGAGAAGGCAGUCAGCGAUGCCUUUCAAGAGGAAUAUUCACCUUCUGAAGAUUUUCUUGGGCCCAGCACAUUCAAUAUUGAGAAGAUGAGGGAUGAUGAAGACGAGGGGUCAGUGAACGAGGACGCCUUUAACGAGUUCAACCAUGGAGUGGAGUUGACAAGUAGUGGUGGUGAACCAGGAAGUACUAUCCCUGUUGACAUGGAGGACAACAAGAUCAGUGAUGGCAGUGGCAGAUUGGUUACCAAUGUCACACUGUCUAGAGGAACAUGCAACAGGAUACAACGCACUAGCCUGCAGGAAACAUCUUGUUUGAAUGAGUUUGUUAUUAGGCAUCUAAGGCAAAGAUGUGACAUCUACAGUAAGACGUUUUCACGGUUGCAGGACUUGAAGGAGGACACAGAUGUGGACAGAUGUGAAUUUCUGCUUUCCUGCAACUUGUGUCACAAAGCAUUCACAAGUAGUAGUAGUCUGAAUAAACACUUUAGAGUGCACACUGGCAAAAAUCCAUACGAGUGCAGCAUUUGCAACAAAACAUUCGUACAAUACCAUAAACUGAAGCAGCAUUUACUGGUGCAUACUGGCGAACGCCCAUACGUUUGUGGUGUGUGCAACAAGCCAUUCGGCCAAAAAAAUAAACUGAAGCAGCAUUCACAGAUACACACAGGUGAACGUCCCUACAUCUGUGAAGUGUGUCAGAAGAGAUUCAGGUGCAACAGCCACCUGAAGGAACAUCUGCGACAGCACACUGGGGAAAGACCAUACAGUUGCAACAUUUGUCAGAAGAAAUUCACUUGUAAAGGUAACAUGAGAAAACACGUACUUACACAUGACAAAACAACCAUAUACACAUGAUGUGUUUCCAAAGGGACUGACAAUGUGCUGUAUGCUGGAGAAGAUUUCAAUUCUGUGUGCAGGACACUUAAGCACAGCUUGUAAGUAGACUCUACAGCUGUUUAUAUGACUGACGUAUUAAGUUGAAGAGAAGAAUUGACUUAAAAAUGCAAGAGUAAACUUGUAUCUAGCAUGA